CUCUAAGCCGAGGAGGAAACUCUGGGGCAGUGCGCCGAGCUCCGGCUGCUCGUGGAGAACCGCGACCUAGGAGCAGAGCCGGCCUCAGCGGCGGCUGGAGAGCCACAGCGGACAACAUACAAAGAGACCACAACAGAAGGGAGCCCCUGGCCCUCUCGUAAACACUGUCCCUUCCACCGACGCCUCCCCCUCGCACGGCGCGCGGGGCUCUUGGUGCCCAAGGCCACCCGGACUUCUAUGUGACCGCGAGACUGCCUAAGGAAGGAUACUGGGGACAAGAGGGUCGCCUGUGGGAGUCCCCGAGUGCCAAGUUUGCGGCCACUUUCCCUCCCUUAGCCCUCGCCAGGCCCUUUCUAUAGCCCAGCUGUCCCGGCUGUUUUUCGCCUGCUCUGGUGCCCUGCAGCCGUUGUUCCCGGCGACCAUGGUGACCGUGGAGGAGCUGCGGGAGAUGGACUGCAGCGUGCUCAAAAGGCUGAUGAACCGGGACGAGAACGGCGGCGGCGCCCUGGGGCUGGUGAGCGGCGGCAAGUGCCUGCUGCUGGACUGCAGACCGUUCCUGGCGCACAGCGCCGGCUACAUACGAGGCUCGGUCAACGUGCGCUGCAACACCAUCGUGCGUCGGCGGGCCAAAGGUUCCGUGAGCCUGGAGCAGAUCCUGCCCGCCGAGGAAGAGGUGCGCGCUCGCCUGCGCUCCGGCCUCUACUCGGCGGUCGUCGUCUACGACGAGCGCAGCCCGCGCGCCGAGAGCCUCCGUGAGGACAGCACCGUGUCGCUGGUAGUGCAGGCUCUGCGCCGCAACGCGGAGCGCACCGACAUCUGCCUGCUCAAAGGUGGCUAUGAGAGGUUUUCCUCUGAGUAUCCAGAGUUCUGUUCCAAAACCAAGGCCCUGGCAGCCAUCCCGCCCGCGGUGCCCCCCAGCACAGCCGAGUCCCUGGACCUGGGCUGCGGCUCCUGUGGGACCCCACUGCACGACCAGGGGGGUCCGGUGGAGAUCCUUCCCUUCCUCUACCUCGGCAGUGCCUACCACGCUGCCCGGAGAGACAUGCUGGACGCCCUGGGGAUCACGGCCCUGUUGAACGUCUCCUCUGACUGCCCCAACCACUUCGAAGGGCACUAUCAGUACAAGUGCAUCCCGGUGGAAGACAACCACAAGGCCGACAUUAGCUCCUGGUUCAUGGAAGCCAUCGAGUACAUUGACGCGGUGAAGGAGCGCCGGGGGCGCGUGCUGGUGCACUGCCAGGCCGGCAUCUCGCGCUCGGCCACCAUCUGCCUGGCCUACCUGAUGAUGAAGAAGCGGGUGAGGCUGGAGGAGGCCUUCGAGUUCGUCAAGCAGCGACGGAGCAUCAUCUCGCCCAAUUUCAGCUUCAUGGGGCAGCUGCUGCAGUUCGAGUCGCAGGUGCUGGCCACGUCCUGCGCAGCGGAGGCCGCCAGUCCCUCCGGGCCCCUGCGUGAGCGCGGCAAGGCCACCCCCACGCCCACCUCGCAGUUCGUCUUCAGCUUCCCGGUGUCGGUGGGCGUGCACGCGGCCCCCAGCAGCCUGCCCUACCUGCACAGCCCCAUCACCACCUCCCCCAGCUGUUAGGGCUGCUCUGGGACCCCAGAACCAGGGGCCUUCAGCGACCAGACCGGUGGGGGCCGCGGGCCGGCAGCCAGUCGGGACUGAACACCGUGGGGCGGGCCACCCAGCCCCUUCCCAUCCACUUCUGGGCCGACCACCGGGCCGCCAGAAUGGCAAUAAGGACUUUGAAUACAUAUUAAAAGCAAACAAAACCCUCCAACUUAGAGCAAUAAUGGCUGCCUCCGCGGGCAGGGAAGACCUUGGUUUGGUUCAUGUGUCGGUUUUCCGUUUCAGAUAGGAAUUUAUUACCUCAUUUUUUUAAAGCAUCAAGGCUUGAAGUUAUGAGACCCACAGGUCCUGGCAAAUGUGCCCACCCGGUUUUAUUGCGGGGGGUGCCGAGGGGGGAGGGGGACCAGAAGAAAGCAAGUGCGCCAGAAGUGCCUGGUUCUGUGUGCUUGGCCCUGUUUUUGUUGUUGAGGUGACAGGAUUUUUUCUUUGAAAGGAAUCUUUGAGGACACAGUUUUUUUAAGUCACAAACACGUGGAUCGUUAUGCUUAAUAAUAAAUAAAAUAUUUAUUAAGAAUUCCACAGAGUACCUAAGUCCAAGGGGUCUAGUGGCAUGACUCCAGAUAUGUUUGUGUUGUUGUCAGCGGUAGGAAGUCGGGGGUCCCCCGGGGGGUGGACCUG